AAACAGACGCCCCUCGGCUAGGCUUUAUUAGUCCCUCGCUUCCUCCCAAGAGACUCGUGGGUGUGCGGGAGAACGAGGUGGUGAGAGUCGAGAAGGAGCGGAGGGCGACAACAUGACGAUGAUUUUGGGCUACUGGGAUAUUAGAGGGCUUGCUCACAGCAUCCGAUUACUACUGGAAUAUACAGGGACACCUUAUGAAGAGAAGCUCUACAGAUUUGGUGAAGCUCCUGACUAUGAUAGGAGCCAAUGGACCAGUGAAAAGGAGAAGUUGGGACUGGAUUUCCCUAAUCUUCCUUACCUAAUUGAUGGCAAGACCAAGUUUACACAGAGUAAUGCCAUUCUCCGGUACAUUGCACGCAAGCACAAGAUGUGUGGAGAGACUGAGGAGGAGAUUAUCAGAGUGGAUAUGCUAGAGAAUCAGGUGAUGGACUUCUCCAUGAGCCUUGCGAUGGUCUGCUACGAUCCUGAUUUUGAGAAACUAAAGCCGGGGUACCUGGAGCAGCUACCAGCAAAGCUGAAACAGUUCUCCCAGUUCUUAGGGGAGAGAAAGUGGUUUGUUGGGGACAAGAUCACAUAUGUCGACUUCCUCACGUACGAUGUCCUCGACAUAAACCGCACGUUUGAACCGAAGUGUCUCAAUCAGUUCAAGAAUCUCCAGGAUUUCCUUGCCCGCUUUGAGGCCUUGGAGAAGAUUUCUGCCUACAUGAAUUCCAGCCACUUCAUUAAGACUCCCAUCUACACUAGAAUCGCCAAGUGGGGCAAUAAAAAAGAGUAGAGGAGAAGAUGCCUUGUAUGCACAAGAAGAUAGUACUGAGGGAAUCUUGAAUCCUUUCAUACAUAAGAAAAGCCCUGCUGGAUCAGGCUCAAGGCCCAUCUAGUCCAGUAUCCUGUUUCACACAGUGGCCCAUCAGAUGCCUCCGAGAAGUCCACAUGCACGAGAUGAGGGGUUGCCUGCUCCCCUGCCAUUACUUCCCUGCCUUUAAAUUGUUUAUGUGGUGAAUCUUGAUAGCCAAUAUCUUUAUGCUUCCAAGUUGCUAGCCAAUAAAAGCCUUUGAGCUGGGUCUCAUGAUCAGUGAAACCCAGUUUGGGAAGGGAAGCAGGGAGAGCUGGCUAAGCCUGCUCUUCCCACACACAAGCAGGGCAGGAGCCCUGGGCGGCUGGAUCGGCCGCCCACAUGAUUGCCGGCUCUGUGAUGGGAGCUGGUGGGGGCUGGGGAGUUUGAGGGCCACGCAGCCCUCGGGAGCUCAAGUAUGGAGCUGAAGAGACCCCUGGAGCCGGGAGGUGGCCUUUCGCCUCCCCUCUGGGGGUAAACUCAUGAGUAGCUGUGGCACGGAGCCACGCCAUGGAUACACAUGAUCAGAAAAGGGGAGGGGUACUUAGGUGGUUUAACCGCCGGGAGGCAACCAGGCUCGGCUGCGAGCCCAGUGGCUCCCACGAUCAUCCUAAAUUGGUCUAGGCUCCCCUAACCCGAUUUCGGCUGAUCGUGGAAAUAGCCUCUUUGAGUACUAAAACAUUGUCUUAGUCUCCACUCCAGUGGGCAUAAACUACCCUUGUUAAUUUUUGAAUGUUUUCUGUACUUUAAAACUAUGAUUAAAUGCUGGUUGCAAAACUGGCUAGAGGCUA